AUGUACAGAAAUAUUGAUUUUAAGCUCACAAAUCUCUCAUACAAGACUGCCCGCCAUGUUCUGCUUGGCAGAAAACGAUUUUCUAAGUUUGAAACGAAUGGAACAUUUCGAAGCACACUAUCUUGUGCAUAUGGCAACGGUGUACUUUACUGUCUUAAAAUAAUGUCCUCCAAGACAGUCGAUACCAAACGAAACUUCGCUCAGCACAAGGAAAAUUUCAAGAUUUGUUUGAAGAGCAAAAUUGCUUCCUGGCUUCCACAACUGUUCUCUUUUGACAAGGAUAGGACAAACAUCACUAGGAACACCGCUGACCAGUGGUUCUCUGACAUUGUUGAUUUUUUACAUCUACCAAUUGAGGAAGGAGACGACGAAGAAGACAAAGAACCAGACAAUCAAAACUAUGACGAACUAGGCCUCAACAACAACCACACAUGGGUUUCUUAG